UUCUUCCCACUUCGCUGCUGCAUUACAGCUCCCAUUCUUCUUCUGCUGCUGCUGCUUGGCUGUCAAAUUGUUGCGAUUUGUGAAUUGAGACUAGCGAGUGAAUAAAAUGAUUCUUCUAUCGCAGAGUAAUUUUUGGUAUAUUCUAUUCCUUCGCCAGAGCAGAAAUUGCCCCUUCUUCAUUUAACCGAACCUUGAUUGGCAGUUUGUGCCUUCUCAACCGCGGACGAUUAUGAACCCGACAACAAGAAAGACUGUGAUCGAAAUUUGCGAAUCGGUAAAAUUUUAUUGAAGGAGGCAUUUAGCAGGAGUAAACUGCGAAGGCAAGAGAGGCUACAUCAUGGGACCAAAGAAAGGAGGAAAGAAGGGGAAGGUGAGGAAAUUAUUGGAAUGGCCCCAGGAUCCAAAACCAGAUCUUUUGGCACAAAUUGCGGUGCUCAAGAUAGCCAAAGACAAGGAGACGCAAGAGCGCAACCUCAUGAUGCUCGAACGAGAUAAAAUCUCGUCAUUUUGGGAGGUUAAGAAAGAAGAGUACGACAAGUUACGUGCAGAAUUUCGUAAUAAAGACCGAUCCAUGGAGGAGCUCGAAGAACACCACCAGCUUGAGCUUAAGCUUUACAACCAAAAAAUGAAACACCUGUUAUACGAGCAACAAAUUAUGAUGGCUACCAUAAAGGCUGACAGUUCACAAGCUUUGAAAUUGCAACGGGAUAAAUUUAGCAAGCGUGAAGGAGAGCUCGUGAACGAUAAGCGUGCUCUGAAGGAUCGAGUGCGGGAGAUGGAAUUGUCCUACGAAGACAUCAUUCGCUCUUACAAGUUGGAGCAUGCCAAAGAAUCCACGAAGAUGCGCCAAGAGUUUGAUCAAAAGUCUAAAGAGCUACAUCAAAAGUCUGAACGGAAGAUCAAAAAUCUACAAGAAGAAAUGGACUUGCGCCGAAAAGCAGAGAUUCAGGAGAUUGAGGAGAGGAAAAAUUUGCACAAGCUGGAAUUGACGAAGAAACAUGAGAAAGCAUUUUCUGAAAUAAAAUGUUACUACAAUGAUAUCACCCACAACAACCUGGACUUGAUUAAAGUUCUGAAAGAAGACGUAGCGGACAUGAAGAAGAAGGAGGCCGCAAAUGAGAAAUUAAUGUAUGAGAUUGCGCAAGGGAACAAAAAGCUUACCGAGCCUCUGACGAAAGCACUCAAGGAAGUCGAGGUUCUGAGAUCUUGUCUGACAAACUACGAAAAGGACAAACACUUACUUGCUCAGACAAGUUCAGGACUGAAAGAGAAGACCAGAAAACUUAAGCAACUGGAGUGGGAUUAUGAGGUCCUUCAAAGAGGAUGUGAGCAACUACAAGCGGAACGUGAUGAAAUAUUUGCUAAGUUUGAGAGUAGCAUCCAUGACGUCCAACAAAAAAGUGGGGUCAAGAGCUUGCUUCUGGAAAAGAAAAUGCAGAUUCUGGAAGAGAAGCUUGAAAAGAAGGAAGCGCAACUUGGAGAGGCAGGGGUGAAACUAGAUCCUAAUUCUGGUAUAGCUGCUGUUCUCGAAUCAAAAAACAAUUUGAUCAAGUCCCUACGUUAUGACCUUGGAAAAGUUACGAAGGCGCAUAAUGACGUAAUUCAAGCAUUUGAAGCAAAAAUGGCAGAGUAUGGGAUCCCACUUGAGGAAAUGGGUUUGCCACACUAUAUUUCCAAUGUAAUGAGCUGAAAGGACGACUGUGAAUAGCUUUUUGUUUCAGACAUUGCAUCUUGAAUUAAAGCAAAUAUAAGUUGUGCAACGAACACUACCGUAGAUUUGACUGGCGAUUGAUGCCCAUUUGGUAUCGCUACAUGUACCCUUGACAAAUUAGCAACUAGAGUCAAAGUUUCAUUCGAUGUUUUUGUGCAAUUGCGCUGAAGCUGUUAUGCGCUUGAGUUGGAUUUGAUGCAGAGUAUGUAGGCGCAGAGAUAGAUAUUUUUAGCGACAGAAUGUGUUGAAAUUCUCAUGUGCCCUAAGUCUUCUUAGAAACAUUAUGCUUUUUCUUAUUAUUACGGUCAAAGUUUCAACCGAAUGACACUCUAUAUGCCAUGGUUGCAUUUGUGAAGCUCUGUCUCCAUUGGCUCUAUCUCUAGUUUGAAUUCGUG